AUGUUAUUGGAACAAGAAAAUAUUACAAAAGGAGCUGUUAUAGCAGCAAGUGUUGGAUCAGUUUUAUUCUCAUUAUAUUUUUUAGAAAAUAGAAAUAUUAUUGAUUGUGAUGGUCAAAUUAUCAAUUUUAAAUUUCAAAAAAGUUCAAGUGGUGGUGAAUUAGUUGCAAAUGUUUUAUCAAAACAAGGUGUUAAAUUUUUAUUCACAUUAACUGGUGGUCAUAUUGCUCCAAUUUUAGUUGAAUCUGAUAAAAUUGGUAUUAGAGUUAUUGAUGUAAGACAUGAAUCAACAACAGUAUUUGCAGCAGAUGGUGUCUUUAGAUUAACAGGUAUACCAGGUGUUGCAGUUGUAACAGCAGGUCCAGGAUUAACAAAUACUAUAACAGCAGUAAAGAAUGCACAGAUGGCACAAAGUGGUGUUGUUUUAAUAGGUGGUGCAACAAGUGAUUUAUUGAAAGGAAAAGGAUCAUUACAAGACAUUGAUCAAUUUGCAUUACUUAGACCACAUGUUAAAUGGUGUUCACAUGUUUCAACUAACAGUGAUAUCGUACCAAUGUUGGAGAGAGCAUUCUAUGAGGCACGUAAUGGUACACCGGGUCCUGUGUUUGUUGAAUUCCCAAUCGAUGUUCUAUAUCAAGAGUCAGUGGUUAGGGGAUGGUAUUUAAAGAAUCAAGAUCAAGCAAAAUCAUUGGCAUCACGUGUAAUAAAUAUGUAUAUGUCAUAUCAUUUGAAGAAGAUAUUCUCAGCGAUCGAUAGUAAUAUAGUGAUUCAUGGUAGAGUGAGACAACAUCAAACUAGAGUUACCUCUGAUCACGUUUCAGCAUUACUAGCCCGAUUGGUUUCAAAUAAAGACGGGGCAUGUAAAAAGCCAGUGUUGAUCGUUGGUUCACAAGUUACAUUGAUUAAUGAUGCCUAUUCAAUUGAAUCGUUACAAAGAAGUGUUCAAUCAUUGGGUAUACCUGUUUUCACUAGUAGUAUGUCAAGAGGUUUAUUGGGUACAAGUCAUUCUAAUCUUUUUAGACAUUGUAGAUCUCAUGCAUUAAAGAAAGCAGAUUUGGUUAUUUUGGCAGGUGUAACAUGUGAUUUCCGUUUAAAUUAUGGUAGAUCAAUUAAUAGUCGUGCAAAGGUAUUCUCAAUCAAUAGGGAUUCAAUUGAUUUAUAUAAAAACAAGUCACCUAAUUAUCCAUACAGUUUAGAUCCUGGUUCAUUUUUAGUACAAUUGUCAGAGUCAAUCUCAGAGUUACCAUCAUCAGAUAGAUCUAUAAUCGAAUUGAAAUUUAGAGAUUGGAUUAAUGAAUUGACAAAUCUUGAUGUCUCUAGAAAUGUUGAUAUUGCCAAUAAAAUCAAUAUUCCACCAUCAAAAGAGGGUUUCUUAAAUCCAUUGAAAGCAUUGCAAAUGUUUGAUGAACAAUUACCACACAAAACCAUUAUGGUGGCUGAUGGUGGUGAUUUCGUUGGUUCUGCAAGUUAUAUCGUUCGUCCAAGAGCACCAUUAUCUUGGUUGGAUCCUGGUGUAUUUGGUACAUUGGGUGUUGGUGCUGGUUUUUCAAUUGCUGCCAAACUUUGUAGACCUGAUCAUCAAGUUUGGACAAUCUAUGGUGAUGGUGCUUUCGGUUAUAGUAUACCAGAGUUGGAUACAAUGGUACGUCAUAAAAUUUCAGUUGGUGCUAUCAUUGGUAAUGAUUCAGGUUGGAUUCAAAUCUUACGUGAACAACAAGAACAAUUAAAUAGUGAUGUUGGUUGUAAUUUAGCUUAUACUGAUUAUCAUCAAGUUGCAAUAGCAUUUGGUGGUAAAGGUUUUAAAUCAACAAAUGAAUCUGAAUUAAAAUUUGCUUUAGAAGAAUCAAAUAAAAUUUUAAAUCAAAAUCAACAACCAGUUGUUAUUAAUUGUAUAAUUGAACGUAAUGAUUUUAGAAAAGGUUCAAUUAGUGCUUAA